CAUAUGCACGUUCUGUAGGUGCCUAAGAGAAGUCCAUAACUUUGACGUCACCUUGAUGAUAUUUUCCGGUCGCCCAAAUCCAAGAUGGCUUGUCAAUUGUCAUGAAAAGCCAGAUGUCUGCGAUGCAAUCAUCCGAUCGCCGAAAGAGGUCGACAUACGACCUUUGUUAGGGUAUAACGGAUUCCUCAUUGUUACUGCUGGUGACGUCAAUGAGAGCAAAGGAUUCUACAUUGUUGGAAAAGAGAGUAAACAAAUACAACACAUAGUGCUGGGAAGUGCACCAGAGAGCGAAGUAGACAAUGAACUGCGUCGCUAUGUAUCGAACGCCAUUGACAAUCAAUGAAUAAUCUCUAAUCGAAUAUGUAAUUUGAAAAGAAAUGGAGAAAACAUAUUUUUGUCAAUUCUCAACCGGGUUACAUUGACAAAACAAUACUAAAUAAAUUGUCAAGAACAUUCCAAACACAGCUUGUUGUCACAGGUACUAUAUGGCGCAG